AUGAAAACAGAAAGUGGUUAAAAUACAAAAUUUCAAAAAGGCUAUACUCCAAUGACACCCAGGAAAUCACUUAAUUUGACACAAAUGUAUAAAUGACAAUUUAAUAAUUUAGAAAGUUUCAAUAAUAAUAAAAUAAAUAAGGUCUUCCUCCUGUUAUUCCAAAGAAUAAUUAUAAUGAUGAACAAGCUUUCGAUAUCUAAAAUUAAUAGAGAAAUUUUUUUGAGGAGUAAUCAGUAUAUUAAUAGAAUUAUAUUAAAGAAAAUAUAAAAUAGUUAUUCGAAAAGGAGUUUAGUUAAAAGCCCAAUCCAUUAGGAGGCUCAUAGAAAAAAUUUAGAACAAUAUAUAAAAAAAGCAUCUAUGCCAUUAAAUUAAAUUGAAGGAAUAAUACAACAAAACGUACAAACAGGAUUAAUCAAUAAUAAUUUCUAGAAAGUCAAUUAUAAAAAUGAUCGAGACUAAAAAUUAGAUGUAUGCAAUAAUUAAAUCAUUAUAGAAAACAAAAGAAAAGAAUUAAGAAAAAAAUUUGAGUGAAAAUGCAAUAACUCAAGAUUAAUUAGAAAUAAAUAAUUAAAUAAUAUAAAAUGAAUAACAAAAUAAUAAAGGAAUAGGAUUAAAAAUGGCAAUAAAAACCAGUGAACUUUAAAAUUUGAAUGAGAACAUUCAAAAUCUUUUAAAGGAACGAUAAUAUAUCAUAAAUUUUAUGAAAUUAGAUGAUAAAAUAAGAGAAACAUAGUUUAAACCUUAAAAAUUAGAAAAUUAUCGCAGCCAUAGUUUUGAGAUUGGUAAAUAAAGUUUUGAAAAAAUAGAAAAAAAUACUUUAAAAAUCAAUGAAAAAAUUUCCAAUAAGAUAAAUGAUAUCAUUCAAUAAAAGGAGGAAAUCAAGAACCUAAAUCAUUAAAUUUAAAUCCUUUAAUAAGAAAAACAAACUCAAAGGACAUAAAUUGAAGAAAAAGAGAAAACAAUUGAAAUUCUAGAUUAAGAGAAAUAAAAUUAUGCAGAAAUAAAUAAAAAUUUGUCAAAUGAUAUUGAACAAAAGAAUAGUUAGAAUAUUAAUUUAGAAAUAACUAUAUAAAACUAAAAUAUUGAAUUGUAAAAUUUAUAAUCACAAAUUGAAAUCAAAAAUCAAAGCAUAAAUGAAGAUAUUGAAAGAUUAAAUUAAGAAUUAGAGAAAUGCAAAUAAGAAAUAGAAAUAAAGAAAGAAGAAACAGUAUAGAAAAGUCAAAAUAAUGAAAUAACAAAUUCAGAAAUAGAAAAGCUUAAUCUCAAAUUAACUUUAUAAGAAUAAUAAAAUGACAUAUUAACAAAAGAGUUAGAAAGUCUGAAAUAAGAAAUAAUAACAUUAAAAAAAAAUGAAGAACAUCAAAAAAAUGAAGAUCAAAAUAAAGAUUAAAUUAGUGCAAACCUUAAAUUAGAAAUUGAAAAAAAUUAAAAUAAAUUCCAGGAAGAUACAUAGUUAAAAGAUUAGAUGAUAGAAAACUUAAAUAUAAAAAUUUAGGAAUUAUAAAAAUAACUUUAAGAUAAGGAAGAAUAAAUAGAAGACUUAUAAAAUGAAAUAGAACUUCAACAAUAUAGAGAAAAGUCCAUCACAUUAUUGGUUACAGCAAAAAAUUUGAAUAGGAAUGAAGAAAUCAAAGUCAAAUUAAUGGAUAGCGUAAAUGAUCUUUAUGUAAUGGCAAAUUUUAGAGGAAUUUUGUAAAAUAAUUUAAUAUUUUAGCAAUGAAUUACCUAUUAGAUCAGACCUAAAAGCUUAUGGCAAAACAUUUCAGAAAAAAAUUGAAAAACAUGAAUGGUAAAAAAAACUUUAUGAACUUUUUGUACCUAGUUAAUAUAAUUAAUAAAUAUAAAUGGAAUUUAGUAUUUUACAAUGA